CACCUGCAUGGGAGACCAGGAGAAAGCGCCUGGCUCCUGCCUUCGGAUCGGCGCAGCAUGCCGGCCGUAGCAGCCAUUUGGGGAGUGAACCAACGGAAGGAAGACCUUUCUCUCUGUCUCUCUCUCUCACUGUCUAACUCUAUCUUUCAAAAAAAAAAAAAAGAAGAAAGAAAGAAAGAAAGAAAGAAAGAAAGAAAGAAAGAAAGAAAGAAAGAAAGAAAGAAAUGAAAAAUAUAAUCAUUGAAAUGUAAAACUCAGUGGAUAGGUUUAACAGCUGGGCAGGUACUCCUGGAGGGAUGAAGACAGACAUGGAAGACCUAACUUACCCAAAAUAUAGUCCAGAAAGAUAAAAACACAGAAAAGUCAAAAAUACAUAGAAGACAGACUGAGAAGGUCAAUCAUUUUUAAUCACGAUUCUAGAGGGAAAGUAAAUUAAAGGAAGAGACAAUAUUUAAAGAAAUAAUGGACAAUUGCUUUCCAAGAAUAAUGAAGGACCCAGUCCACAGAUUCAAGAAGCCAAAAAAUUCUAGCAAUGAUUAAAAAAGAAAUGUGCGCCCAGAAUCAUCAUAGUGAAAACACAGAACACAGGAUACAAAUAUUAAAAGAUUAAAUAAUUUAUCAUAAUGGAAAUCAAAUAUGUAACUUCUAAACUACUAGUGAGAGAAAAAUGAGGAAAAAUCCAUCCAAAAGAAGGUAGACUAGAAAAACACAGAAAAGACAAGAGGGGAAAAAAGAAAGCUUACAAUAAGAUGGUCAAAAAUGAACAUGUCAAUAAUUACAUUAAGUGUUUCAAAAGCGGCAGUGCAAAGACAAAUAACUUUGAAUUGGAUAAGCAAAGUCCAGCUAUCUGUUCUUUAUUUUUAAAAAGUUUUUUUUUUUUUUCAUCUACUUGGAAGGCAGACUGACAGAGACCAAGAAAGAGAGAGACAGAGAGAUCUUCCAUCUGCCGGUUUACUCCCCAAAUGGCUGCAAUGGCCCUGGGUUGGGCUGAAGCCGGGAGCCCAGAGCUCCACUCAGGUCUCCUGCGUGAGUGGCAGGGACCUAAGCACUCGAGCCACCACCUGCUGCCUCUCAGGAAGCAGCCCAGGAGCGGGACUGGAAGCAGUCAGGACUCAACACUGGAACUCCAGUAUGAGCUGCCGGCACCUCAGAGGGGAGCUUGGCCGAGGAGCCACUACACCCACCCCGACAAGUUUUCUUUUUACAAGACACAGAUGAACGCAUUAGUAUACAGAAAGGUUGGGAGUAAAAAGGUAGAAAAUGAUGAACCAGGUAAAUAUUUAAUAAAAGGAAAAUUGUAUAGUUAUGUUAAUAUCAGACAAAAUAUACUUUAGGGAAAAACAUUAGUAGAGAUAAAAAGUGACUGUAUUGCUGAUAUUCCCUUCCAAUAAGAUAUAACACAUGGGGCGGCACUGUGGCAUAGCAGGAAAAGCCGCCGCCUGCAGUGCCAGCAUCCCACAUGGGUGCUGGUUUGAGUCCAGGCUGCUCCGCUUCUGAUCCAGCUCUCUGCUAUGACCUGGGAAAGCAGUAGAAGAUGGUCCAAGUCCUUGGGCCCCUGUACCUGCAUGGGAGACAUGGAGGAAAUUCCUGGCUCCUGGCUUCAGAUUGGCCCAGCUCUGGCCGUUGCUGCCAUCUGGGGAGUGAAGCAGUGGAUGGAAGAUCUCUCUGUCUCUGUUUGCCUCUGCCUCCCUGUAACUCCACCUUUCAAAUAAGUUAAUAAAUCUUUUUUUUUAUUUUUUUUUAUUUUUGACAGGCAGAGUGGACACUGCACUCCCGGGCCAUAGCAGAGAGCUGGCCUGGAAGAGGGGCAACCGGGACAGAAUCUGGCGCCCCAAUCGGGACUAGAACCUGGUGUGCCGGCGCCACAGGUGGAGGAUUAGCCUAGUGAGCCAUGGCGCCAGCCAGUUAAUAAAUCUUUUAAAAAAAGAUAUAACACUUCUGAACUUGUAUAAACACAGUAACAUAGCUUAAAAAUGAGAUAGAAUUACAAGGAAAAUUUGACAAGCUCACAAUCUCAUGAGAGUUUUCUUAGCACACUUUUUUAAAAAGAUUUAUUUAUUUAUUUAUUUGAAAGUCAGAGUUGUUUUAAAAUUUUUUUUAAUUUUAUUAUUUGACAGAGUUAGACAGUGAGAGAGAGAGAGAGAGACAGAAAGGUCUUCCUUCUGUUGGUUCACUUCCUCAAAUGGCCGCUACGGUCAGCACUGUGCCAAUCCGAUGCCAGGAGCCAGGUGCUUCUCCUGGUCUCCCAUGUGGGUGCAGGGCCCAAGGACCUGGGCCAUCCUCCACUGCCCUCCCGGGCCACAGCAGAGAGCUGGACUGGGAGAGGAGCAACCAGGACUAGAACCCGGCGCCCAUACGGGAUGCCGGCACCACACGUGGAGGAUUAACCAACAGGUGCAGAUCUGUGGAUCCAGAGCUACAGCUCUUGGCUUAAUGUGUGGUGACAGUCUGCUCUGAAGAUGGCAGCCAGGGGGCUCUGGGGUGGCCUCAGCCUGCUCCGAGUGCUAUGGUGUCUCCUCCCGCAGACAGGUUACGUGCACCCUGAUGAGUUCUUCCAGUCACCUGAGGUCAUGGCAGAGGACAUCCUGGGCUUACAGGCCACACGGCCCUGGGAGUUUUACCCCAGCAGCUCCUGCCGGACAGUGGUCUUCCCACUGCUGACUUCUGGUUCUACCUUCUGGCUGCUCAGGCUCUGGGAAGAGCUGGGGCUCCGGCCGGGCCGGGUGAGUGGCUAUGCACUCCUGGUGGGGCCCCGGCUCCUGCUCACUGCCCUCUCCUUUGCCUUGGACGGGGCCGUGUACCACCUGGCCCCACGGUGGGGGGCAGAUCGUUGGAACGCCCUUGUCCUGCUGUCUGGUUCCUACGUCAUCCUGGUCUUCUACACAAGGACUUUCUCCAAUGCCAUCGAGGGACUGCUCUUCACGUGCCUGCUGAUGCUGGUGCCCCCCCAGGCAGCACGGAGCCACACACUCAAGACGCCUGCUCCAGGUCCUCGGUGGCACAGCUGGCUUCUUGGCAGCAUCGUGGCUGCUGGCUUCUUCAAUCGGCCCACCUUUCUGGCAUUUGCUCUGGUCCCCCUCUUCCUCUGGGGCUCUCGGGGAGCCAUGAACCCUGGCUUCAAGUCCCUGAUCUGGAAGGCCCUGCUGCUGCUCCCAGGGAUGGCCCUCACUGCAAUGGUGUUUGUGGCCUCGGACAGCUGGUACUUCUCCAGCCUCUCUAGAUCCAGCACCCUGGUGCUUACGCCUGUUAACUUCUUGCACUACAACCUGGAUCCCCACAAUCUGGCAAGGCAUGGCACACACGCGCGGCUCACUCACCUGGCAGUUAACGGUUUCCUGCUCUUUGGGGUACUGCAUGCGCAGGCCCUGUGGGCUGCAUGGCAACAGCUACAAGUCUGCCUCCAGGCCUUUGCCCAGGUGGGCCUCUGGAGGAGGCUGGGUGCCCAUGGCCUGCUGUCCAGCCCCAGGUCUAGCCUCCUUCUCCUGUACUUCACACCCCUGGCCCUGUUGUCCGCCUUUAGCCAUCAGGAGGCUCGGUUCUUGAUCCCCCUCCUGGUCCCUGUGGUCCUGCUCUGCAGUCCACGGACACAGCCUGUGCCCUGGAAGGGGGCUCUGGUCCUUUUCAAUGCCCUAGGUGCCCUCUUCUUUGGCUGCCUGCAUCAGGGGGGCCUGGUGCCCAGCCUGCAGUACCUCGAGCAAGUGGUCCACGCACCUGUGCUCCCGAGCGUGCCCACCCGCUACACACUCCUCUUCACCCACACCUACAUGCCCCCCCAACACCUCCUCCACCUCCCAAGCCUUGGCUCUCCCGUGAAGGUGGUAGACAUGGGUGGGACUGAGGACUGGGUCCUAUGCCAAGCCCUCAACAAUCUCACCAGACAACCAGCCUGCCAAGGGGCCGGGGGACCGUGGCUCUGCCGCCUCUUUGUGGUGACCCCUGGCACCACAAGGCGUGCUGUGGAGAAGUGCAGCUUCCCCCUCAAGAAUGAGACACUCAUAUUUCCCCACUUGACCCUGGAGGAUCCACCAGCCCUGUCUUCCCUGCUGAGCGGGGCCUGGAGGGACCACCUCAGUCUCCACAUCAUGGAGCUGGGAGAGAAGCCUGACAACACAGCAGAGCAGCCACUGCCCAGGAUUCGGCCAUAAAAGAAGCCACCAUACUUUCCACGUGGGUAGCUGGUUUGGGCUGCUAGGCCACAGCCACAGGUCUCUUUCAGGAUUUCCACCGCUGCCUCUCUAAGGCACAGCUGUUGGGUGUGCGGCCUUCUUGGUGAGCUGGCACUUCUCUCUCGGAGAACAAAGACCUGAUGAGUCAUGGUCCUGGUGUCAAGGUCCCCAAAGGAUCCUGAUGUGAAUAUGGCACCCGCUGUCUGCGCCUGCCCUAGUCCUUCGGGCCAUCAUGAUGUUUUAAAUACGAAAUAGUGCCUGGUUGUGAAGACAGGAACUACUAAUGACAGACAACUGUUUGGCUACCUAAGUCAAUCUGGCCUGUCGGAUCCCAGGAGGGCAAUGUGGUGACACAGAGAACAGGAGGCUCGGACUCAGGGGCGCCCUCUAGUCCCAGACCUGCCACUCACAGACCGUGUGACCUUGACAAAGCCCCUUUGGCUCAGAACACAGGAGGCCAGAGAAUCUCUGCAGAAUGUGCCAGCUAAUUUUGUCAUUCCUGGACCCCACAGCACACGUCCCCUGGCUUAAUAGGCAUCUCUCCCACAAAGCCCUUUAAGAAUGCAAGUGGGAGUGGCAAUGCAUCUAAUGGCACCUUGGUA